AUGCAAACUUUCUGGAUUCAGGAAGCUGCCAUAACCGCCUCGUCAAUCCGCGACAAUGCCCAUGAUCCCGCCCAAGCACGUCUCCAUGGUAACGGAGCGUGGAUGCCGCUUAUUCAAGACGCCAAUCAAUUUUUGCAGAUAGACUUCGAAAACGAAGCUAACGUGUCAGCGGUCGCUAUCCAGGGUCAUCCUACAAGUGACUUCUGGGUAUCAAAGUAUUCCUUAUCAUUUAGCAAGGAUGGCAAACUCUGGGAUGAUAUAUCAGAGGUACUUUUUAUGCGAAGUACUGAAUACGGCUGUCUAUCAGUGGUUUUCAAUUUUCUUUGUUUUUUAUCUUUGCUUUUGUUUUUGUUUUUUUUUUAAUGUGGAAAGGGGUGGUUUUGUAAGGGAUUGGAACAGGGAUUGAUCGUCCUACCAUGUCAAUCGGCGUAAUUUUAGCAGACAUGGACAAAAAAUUUGAUUACAUCUGGCCCCGGUUGUUCAAAGGUUGUAGAAGCCUAGUGGACAGCCCGGUGUGCUUGGCGAACAUGAUUACAUAUCCGCUGGAUGUCGAUUUAUCCGUUGGAUAGUAUUAUCCGAGCUUUGAACAACUGAGCUGGGCCCUGGUUUGAUCUCUUGGAGUGACGUAUACCAAUUUUUCUUGUGGUAUCUCCUUAUAAUCGAGAAAAAGCAGAGUACGCCCAGCAUUUAUCAUGACACAAAUAACAUUGAUAACUCUGAAAUGUGCCGUAACUAUUCACAAAAGAUGUAUAUAUACUAUUCAGAUCUUUGAAGGCAGUGGAAGCAGACAUGAAGUCAAAACCACCCAACUAAAAGAACUUAAAAUGGCGCGUUUUUUACGCAUUAAGCCCACGGAAUGGAAUUGUGCUAUUGCUCUUCGAACAGAAAUUUAUGGCUGCAUGCGAGGUGAGCAGUGAUUUAAUAUAACUGAGUUGAAGAGAAGAAUGUCUUUUUCAGAAAUAGUUGUUAAAAUUCGGAGAUUAAUUGCUUCUGCUUUGACUUGAAGAAAUUCUCCUUACAAUAACAACACAAUAUCAAACAGACAAGUGAUGAGAAGAUAGAAUAAUAUCAAUUACAUAAGUCAGAUAGUGAGGAGAAUUGCUAAUGAGAUCUUAGGAGUGGAAGAGCUAAUCACCGGAUAUGAGAGUUCCCAGCUCGUGCUAAAAUAACUCAGUUGGUGGCAAGCAAGGCAGUAGUCAUCAGUACAAGUUCAAGGAAACAUUAGGCAUUUGAAAAAAACCCUGCUAAAUCAAUCCUGUGGGAAAAUUGAUUUGUAUUUAUAUUUUAUUUUUGUAUAUCAGUGCUCUGUUAGUAAUCUGACGGUACGCCGUCAUACAAAAACACGAUUUUCUUUAUCUCUGAUAAGUUUCCUCUCUAUUGUAACUCAGUAAAAACUUCUUUUUCUUUGCAAAGAUUUUCCAAAAUGUGGAAGUCGCCGACAAGACGAAAUUUAUCAUUCCCGCCAAAAGCGAGUUGUCGGCGGCGACAUCGCUAAGCCAAACUCAUGGCCGUGGCAAGUUGAAUUACUAGAGAAUGGGACUAAGCACUGGUGCGGGGGCUCCAUCAUUCACCCUCAGUGGAUCAUUACAGCCGCUCACUGUGUAGAUGAAAUUUACUCAUCGGCACCAAAAGAAAUACGCGUUGGAGAGCACAACAGCAAGGUCCUCGAGGGCUACGAAGAGGUUAUCGAAGGAGACAGGUUCUACAUACAUCCGGGAUUUAAACACAACCGCCCGACGACGGUCAGCGCUGGAGACUACGACUUUGCUCUUUACCGUCUGAAGAGACCAGUCACGUUCUACAGUCGAGUCGGUCCGGUGUGUCUGCCCAAAGAAGACUCGACUAUAAGCGACGAGGUUGGCCGAAUGUGUGUCUUGACAGGUUGGGGUCACACCCAAGAAAAUGGAAAUUUUUCCGAUAUUCUUCGAGAGAACGAAGUGCCGUUAGUUUCUUUUGAGGAAUGCAACAAAGAGGACUCUUAUAACGGUAACAUUAAGGAGCGUUACAUGUGCGCAGGAUAUCCUGAAGGUGGAAAAGACGCUUGUCAAGGAGAUAGUGGAGGGCCCCUAGUGUGUCAAGAUGGCGCAGGAAAGUGGGUGCUGGCUGGUGUGGUGACUUGGGGUGUCGGAUGUGCGAGACCGCAAAAAUAUGGGGUCUACGCUGAUGUCCGCAGAUUUCUUCCCUUUAUUGAAAGCACUAUAUAUGGUAUGCACUAAAUAAGAUGGUAAUAAAAUAUACUCUCGAUUGUAAAAACGACGGCUAAAAAGCGUUAUCAAUGAACGAUGAGAACCAAUGGCUUUCUGGGUACACAUGUCCAUGGCAACCGCAAUAGGCCAUUUUACAAUUGUGUACUUAGUUGCCUAGCCUUUGAUUUGGAGCGAGGCUGAAGGUGACCUUGUUGUGAUAGAGACCAGUAUCUAGUUCACAUGAUAACAAAGUAAUUUGCAUUUGAAAAGGAGCAAGGUUGUAUCCUAACAAGGUCACCCUAAGCCUCAUUCCGGUACAAAGGCUUGGCAACCAAGCACACAACUGUAAAAUGGACUAUUAGCUGCACGUGGUAAAUGAUAAAAGCCACCCAGCUUUCCUGACAGAAAAGAAUUGUCCUAAAGAAAUAUUUUCCAUAAAUAAUGGAAAAAGUAAAUCACUGAUUAUGUAACUGUGCAAAAAUUUGGGCUUCAUCGUUCAUGGAUCAUACCUUUCAGGUGUCAACGUUUCUGCAAUCGAGUGCUUACAUUUAUAACAACACCUAGUGCACAUCAGAAAAAAGCUUAAAGAGUAUUUUUGUAAAACUGUGAGAUGCGUAUUUGAUAACUCUACCCGUCUUACCAAUGAACAUACUUAAAACACUUCACUUACCUCAACAAGACAUCACCAGCUACUCGAUAGCUUUUCAUAUCCUUUACGGCCAAGUAUUAUGAAUCAUAGUGGGAUUAAAUUUAAAUACAGUUCUCUGACGUGAUACACAUAUCCAUCCAAACUAUUGCAAUUCUCGUUCCAGGUUACCCACAAUGCGGUAUUCGGCCAUUUCCUUCCUUAAUGUCUCGUAUCGUUGUUGAACGCGAAGCUCGCCCCAACUCCUGGCCGUGGCAGGUCGAUUUUCUGGUCAAUGGUACUUCUCACUACUGUGGAGGCUCUCUAAUUGAUCCAUUAUGGGUUGUGACCUCAGCUCACUGUUUCUAUGUGUAUACUAAACCAGACCAAUGGCAGGUCAGGGUUGGCGAACACAACGAAACUAAAUUCGAAGGAUACGAGGAAAUGAUUGAUAUUGAAAACAUAAUAGUCCAUCCCGGAUUCAUUAUUGGCGAUGCAAAACAUCCUGGCGAUUACGAUAUUGCGAUCGUCAAACUCAAGCGACCGGCGGUUUUCCAUAAGCUGGUACAUGCCAUUUGUCUUCCCGACAUGGACACUGGUUUACCAACUGGUAAAUCCUGUUUUGCCACCGGAUGGGGAAAGCAGGACGAGAAUGCAGCUGAGUAUUCAGAUGUUCUUCGAGAAGUAGAGGUGAACCUCGUAUCUAAAGAAGUCUGUAACAGCAACAUCUCUUAUGAUGGGAUCAUACACGAACGUUAUUUUUGCGCAGGUGUUGAAGCAGGUGGUAAAGACUCGUGCAGGGGUGACAGUGGAGGGCCACUGGCUUGUCCAAAGGACGAUGGAAGUUUUACUUUAACCGGGAUCGUUUCAUGGGGAGACGGUUGCGCUAGCGCUGAUAAAUAUGGCGUGUAUUUAGAUGUACGCUAUAUGUUGCCAUUCAUUGAAAGCACUCUGCACGGUAAGCAAGUAAGUAAGUAAGUAAAAAAUCUUGAAAAAAAAAACAUUGGCGUUAUAAAUUAUUUGAAUUUGGUUGUUAUAAGUUCCAGGGAAUUAUUUCAGGAUACUUUCCUUGAAAUUAAGAUAGUGGUUUAAUUGGUGACGAUGAGAAAGAUUAACAAAAGCAUGAAAAAAAUCAUGUUAAACGUUUUACACAAGGUUUGGUCAAAGACACAUCUUAUUUUAGAGCCUCGAACUUGGCAUUUGAUCCCUCCAUACACAAAUGUAAAGGUUCCUUAAAAGGAUUUUCAUGUAAGUUCUAAUCUUCUCUGUCUGGUUACUCUACCAUUUUCUAGGAUAUCCAUCUUGUGGUGUUCGUCCAGUUCCUUCCCCUUCCUCCCGAAUCGUAGGAGGCCUAGAAGCUCACCCUAACACCUGGCCAUGGCAAGUCGCUCUUUUUGUUGAUGGUACUUCUCACUAUUGUGGCGGCUCGCUGAUUGAUCCUUCGUGGGUUGUGACCUCAGGCCAUUGUUUUUAUUAUAUUCCACAAGUAGACUGGUGGCAUGUAAGGGUUGGGGAACAUAACGCGACAAAAUUCGAAGGCUACGAGGAAAAGAUCGAAAUUGAAUACGUCACGAUACAUCCGGGACUGGACCCUUAUUUCGAAGAUUACGACAUCGCCCUCGUCAAGCUCAAGCGACCAGCGGUGUUCCACAGCCGAGUACAUUCAAUAUGUCUGCCUGAUAUGGACACUACCUUUCCAACAGGCAAAUCCUGUUUUGCCACUGGAUGGGGAAAUCAAGAAGAAAAUGCAACUGAGUAUUCAGAUGUUCUUCGAGAAGUGGAGGUGAACCUCGUAUCUAAAGAAGUCUGUAACAGCAAUAUUUCUUACAAUGGUACUAUACACGAACGUUAUCUUUGCGCUGGUUUUCAAGGCGGUGGCAAAGACUCGUGUGGUGGUGAUAGCGGAGGACCGCUGGCUUGUCAAAAUGAGGAUGGCCGUUUCGUACUGACGGGCGUUGUAAGCUGGGGUGAAGGCUGCGCCCGACCUAAUAAAUAUGGCGUGUAUUUAGAUGUGCGCUACAUGUUGCCAUUCAUUGAGGGUACCCUAUACGGUAAGUCGUGUAGAAUAAGCCGACAUAGUGCAUUUUUGCCUCGCUCUGUGAUUGGUCGAUGAGAAUACGUGUUACCCGAUGGAAACAAAUUACUGAGUAGCAAAACAGAAACAAAUCGUAGCCUUAUUUGGUUGUCUUUUUCGCCUUUCAGCUAUUUUCCUUUGUUCUUGGUUUAGUGUUAAUGACAAUUAACUGAUGGAAAAGCACCCUGAGUGAAAAGAAAAGAAGUAUCUAAACGGCUUUGGUUGCCUUUUAGAUCUGCUUCGUUAGGUUUGCUCUAAAGGUUGACCUAACGAGUAAAGUCGGCGAAAUACGAGAUACAGAAACCCUUAACUUGUCGCGCAACAUUAUUUUGUUGCAAGUUUUGGUCGAUGUUUACCGUUUUUCACCAUGCAUGAUCAACUUGUCGCGCAACAAAAACAUUUUUUGCAGGUUGAAGAAAUUUGUUGCGAAAAGUAGAGCGCGGGUCUACUUUGAGCAACAAAUUUUGGGUUUGUUGCUCGUUUUUCAUCAAACUCACAACUUGUCACGCAACAAAUUUGCUCAUGUUGCGUGACAAACUGAGGGUUUUUGUAUCUCAUAUUUCGCCGCCUUAAGGUUUUGCUGUUACCCAUCAUUGUCUGAAUUCUCACAUAAACUUGCUUAACUUUUCUUUAUACAGGUGUGCCUUGUUUUCCAAAAAUUUAUAUUUAAAAUUUGAAAGAAAACUCGCGAAAUUUUAAGAAGAGAAUAUUGACAGAAGAGCACAGCCAAUUUAAUAACCGCACUGAAGAGACUGUAAACUUCUUUACUUCAGACGGUUAUUUUAAUGAUGGCGAUUCUCCGAUGAAUUUUGAUUAUUUUAUUCAUUCUGUUUAGGUCAUCCGAAAUGUGGCACCCGCUACCUAUCCUCAGAAAGGUCUCCUGCUCUCAGCCAUAAUGAGGCUCGUCCCAACUCCUGGCCGUGGCAGGUUGAGCUGCUAUUCAAAGAUAGGCAUGCGUGUAGCGGCUCUCUGAUCAACCGGCACUGGAUACUGACUUCGGCAACUUGUGUGAACACAAGCCAUAGUACCGAUAGCUGGAUGGUCCGGCUCGGUGAACAUGACCGAACAGUCAUCGAGGGAUACGAAGAAAGUAUUAAAGUCAAAGAAAUUUACACAAGUGCAAAACAGCAUGUCACACUGCUGAAAUUGAAGCGAAAAGCUGUCCUUCACAAGCGAGUUCUUCCUAUCUGUCUUCCGGAAGACGAUGCAAACGUUAUUGUAAAUUCUUCGUGUUAUGUGACCAGUUGGCAGUUUGCCAACAAGGACGGGAAUUUCACGGAUGUGUUAAACGAAGCCCAAGUUGAAAUAGCCCCAUUUCAAGACUGUAAUGCAUCAUACAAUGGAAAACUCUCCGAGUAUGAAGUAUGUGCAAACUUCACCCGAGGGAAAGCACAAGGUUGUAAUGUCGAGAGGGGUGCGCCUCUAGUUUGUCCAGGGAUCGAUGGACGAUUUGUAUUAACAGGCGUAGCUUCUGCCGAAGACGGAUGUUCGAAUGCGGGACAAUAUGGUGUCUUCCUCGAUGUCAAAAUGAUGCUUCCGUUUAUUAAUGACGCUAUUAGUAUGAUCCAGUAUCCAGACAGUGUUUAAAUAGUUCUGUGUAAGUUCGAACAGCUCGAACUUGUGUAACGAAAGUAAUUCUAGCAUCAGAGUUCACAAAGCAACCAGGUGGACAAUCAGACAUAGUUUGAUGCUACUCUGGUUUAAAGAUUUAACGAAUGUAACCGAGGAGUUACAGUGUUUGUCGGAGCACACAUGCCUAACUAACCAUGCAAUUGGGUGGGACAAUUCUAAAAUUAUCACCACUAAUCGACGUUACUACCAGCGCCUUUGUUUGGAAGCCUGGCAUAUCAACUCCGCCCACGCUCCUUUAAAUCGUGUAGUCUCCCUAAUGACAUUCAUGGAUAGACAGUAGAGCCUUACGACUCGUUUCGUUUCCAUGGUUUCCUUAAUGAAUAUUCAUGGUUCGACGAAUCGUACGAGUCGUGACACAUUAGACGACUCUUACGGAUCGUUCGACUCGUGAUACAUUAGACGACUUGUAUCGAGCCCUGGUAUUGAACAACCCUCUAGUACAUAUAAGUCUUAUGAAUCUUAAAAAGGCCAGAAAACAAGUUAUUCAAUUUUCGGCGUGAGAAGUACUGGUGAGUCACUCAAAGAUGUUUCGGUGCGACCACUAUUUGUUCAGUACUCGUUCAAUUUCUUGUAAAUUAACAAACUGGAAACAUUUCCUGUGCUGAAGAUUUUGGAUUUUAACACUUACCUAGCCUCGUUUGUUACUUAGUAUAGGCUCGGAGAAGGAAUUCUAAAUUCACUUGGGUUUUUGUUUUUUGAUAUGUCUUAAACUAAUAAUUGUAAGUGAAUCAAUCUUUUUGGAGCAAAGCUGCGACAAAUUAACACCCUUCAACAGUCUCAAAAAGUCCUGAAACCAUUGAAUUAUUGCAGCUCAUCUUAGAUUACUUGAAACAAUUUUUUGGACAAUUGCACCUCGAAUUAAAAGCGUUUGGGUUACUAAUAUUCUACAUAGUGACCCCGUUUAGAUGCUUGGUCUCCAUUACCCAAGAAAUCCUCUUCAGGCCACGAGUUGAUAUGGGUGUUCUUACUCUUUAAAAGGUUGGCGAGUUUUCGUGCUAAUCUUCUCAGAAGGAUAUCUUUUCUAAGCUAGAACCCUUCGUUCACACUACCUAAAAAAGGAAGCUCAGACGGGGAAACUGAUCACAAACGCUUGUGUUAGCCCUUUCGCUUAGUGUCAAACUUAUAGCCAAGGUCUUCCUCUAGAGGCCAACAUACCCUUAGUAAACUCAAGUUGUUUGACAAAGGGGGGGGCCCAACAAUAGACGGGACUUAUGACUUUUUUUAUGGAUUAAAACCUGCAGUUAUACUUUUUGAGUCUAACUCCUGUGAAGAGCCAUCCACAACAGAAUUGCAUUGCCCUAUUUUGUGUGUUUCAUCUCCCUCAGAAAGCUGGUCAGAGCCACUCUCUGUGCUCUCAGACAUGAUCUCGUCACUCUUUGGCGGAAGAGUUUGUAAUCCUUUAAGCCGUUCCCGUGCUUCUCUCAGUUUCUCAUCAAGUACCAUUGCUUUUGCUUGCGCCUCUAGCAUUUCCUUUUUAGCGGUAGCCUGUUCAUGACGUUUAGUCUUUUUUGUCAAAUUUCCAGUUAACAGACGAACGCGCAAACCGAUUGCGCCACGGAGACUUCGCCACAUGACGAGGGAUUUCUUUUUGUUUAUAAUAAUUUUCUUCCGCAAUGCUCUAUACCCUUCUGUGCGCAGGAUAAAUUACGCAAGGAAUCUAACAAAUCUUGAAGUACAACGGUGAAAUAAACAACAAAGUUCAACGUGUGCAUUGCUGUUCUUGAGAAAUUGAGGUUAUACAUUCUCUUUCAAUUUUGUAACUCCUCUUCUUCUUUAGAAUUCUUUAUCGUCUUGUUUGCCGCGAGUUGAUUACGGUACUGAACUUCUACUUAUUUUUUGCUAUAACAGACAGAUAAAACAAAACUGACCUUUCGAUUCUCUCCCUUAACCCUUUAACUCUCAAGAUCUCAUUAAAAAUUCUCCUUACUGUCUGCCAUACAUUUCUCGCAAUGUUAGUUUUGAGAAUUUGAUAGUGGAUCAACUUAUAAUCCCCAAAUUGAUAUUUUUUUCAUUCUUAUCACUUGUUUGCUUGAUUAACCUUAAAUUAAAACAACAUGAAGGGAGACUGUUUACCUUUUGAAUGGUAAGCAUCACACACCACCGCAAAAAUUUGACACAUACUUGACAAGUUGAAAGAAUUAUGAACCUGGCGCCCAUAAUCGUGGUAAUUAAACAAAUUCUUUAAGAGCUUAGAAUGGACUCGCUAAAACACUUUGAUACUGUUCCAGUUACUAGACGAAAAUCGAACUAUCCAAAAACUGAAAAGAAACAAGAAGUGCUUUCUUUAGGCGCAAAAUUAAAUUGCUUUUCCGUCUUCUUGCAAUGCAAUUACAAUUAGGAACACCGCGUAAAUUUUGAAAUUUCAACAAUGUUCAUAAUUCAUAAAAUCAACUGAAAACGGAAGACUAAUACAACGGCAUUAGCAUAAUCUUCAUUAUCUUGACAAAUUCUUGGUCGAGUUCAAGUACCUGGAGUUCAAUUUCAAAUGUAACCUAGGUCACCACGUUUUAAUAUGAAUAAACAAAUUCUCAAUCAUCAUCGUUCCUGUUCAUUGGUUUAAAUUUUAUUCCACUUUCAUGUGAAUUUUGAUCUUGGCAAAGUUGACACACUGAAGUCAGUGGCCAUAUGUUUACAUAUUUACACUUAAAGCUGUGAAAGAUUUGAGCGCAAAUUGGGAUAAGUGAUGUGGAUUGUUACUCUCCUGUGCUUGUUUUUGAGCGGUGAGUAUUCUUGAAUAACUUCUUUCAAGUUCGCGAUGGGUGUUCUAGUUCUAACCGAUUGAUUUGUGAUUCAGUGUUAACUCAGUGUGGCAUUAAUUCCUAAAACUUUCAUGUAUAUGUAAGCUUAAUGAGGCAACUGGAUUCAAAAAGAGCUUAAGACGUUUCUGGGGGUCGUAUAUCCCAUAUCAAUUAGGACUCAAACAUCAGAGCUGCCUGGAUCUUCUGCCUUCAUUUCGAACCAUCAAAUAACCCUCAGCAAUGAUUAGCCUACGGGUAUAUAUCUCCUGUUUUCAUUUACUCGAUCAGGGAAUAUCUUUAGCCUCCUUGUGUAAAGGCGUUUCUUAAUUUCACGGGAAGAUCUGCAAAUAAUGAAAGUCGACAUCACGAGCCGUCAGCAAUUGAAUCGGACGAAGAUACGCCAUGCGAAAUUUGCGUUAACAAAAUUAAAUGCAACAAUUAACGCGAGAUCCCUUCGUCAGUUUAUGCAUUAAUUCUCUCAUAUACUUUAUUAGAUGCCGCAACAUUUGGAGAGGCCAGCAUUUUGUUCCCAGAAGAAACAUUGGGUAAGAUUUCUUACGUUGAAUGUUUUCCUUCAAUCUUCGCCUUUUUGCUCUCUAAUGCGGCUUCCAUAACUGUCUCUUGUUGUGAAACAAAAGGUCGACGGUCGACAACUAAAGCUGAAAUCAGGGUUAUCAACGUUAAUUUGACAAAUGCUAAUAGGAAAGAACUUUGGAAUCUUUUUGGGACAAAAAAAGCAGCAAUGCUUUCGUUACCUCGCAGAAGUUUAAUUUGGACUUUAAUAUUCUCCAUCAGUAUAAGUUACAAACCAGAUUAAUAUCACUGUUUGCUGUUUGAGAUCUAGACUCGACACCAAAAUAGAUCACUACAUGCAUACGUUCAUUGGUUGAUUAGCUUCUGCUUUUCGAAACUUGUCCUACGAAAUAUCUCCUUUUGCAGACAGUACGGAGCAAAGUGCUGUGGUGGUUUACUUCAGCUGGUUGUUGAGUAAUAAUACUUAUGAGGUUUCAUAUUCAUCUUGUCUCUUACCGUCGACGGAUAAAGAUAAUGUGUGAAAAUAGAAAUUUUAAAGAAACUUGUUGUUAGGGAUUUUUCACCGUGACAUCACAAUAUCCAUCGAAGGCAGUACAGAAGAGAGGGAACCAAAGGCUCAUAAUAUUAAAAAAAAACACUUUAUCCACGUGGAUCGUUUCUUCAUAUUUGCUGUAUUUGGAAUCGUUGUUACGCUUACUUGAUUUUCUUAUUACGGGGUUUGUUUGCAUUAUUCGAGCAAUGUUACACAUGAAUUGUAAACUUUUCUUUCACAUAAAACUAAUUUACAUGGUAAUGCAAAGCCGGUGGAGGGAUGCGGCCACUUGACCUGAUUUAUACCUCGAUGUUGACAUCUGUAAACUCUUACCAUAAGAUCUUUAUGUUUUAGGCCACACAAGCUUUCGUAUACGAACAAGCGGUAUUAUACCACGCCAAUAGUUUCUUUCUAAAGACUUCUCAUGCAAUUACGAAUGACCAACUGCUGCGAAGUGCACCUCCUUUCAAUUCACAAAAGAAACAAACACAACUUUAAGAACACCUAAUUUUAGAUGUAAUGUCCGUUUGCGCUGAUGAGGAAACGAGAUUAGGUUUCGAAUUGUAAUAUCUGUUGAUUUUGACAAAUGCGUAGUGAUAAUGGUUUAAAGCAAAUAAAGCUGUCAAGGAAAUGAACACGUUAUAGAGAAGAAACAAUAAUAAGGAAGGUAAAAAUGCGCAUGAAUGUCGAUGAAAGGGAGAUUUUAGAAGCUGCUUCGGGAGCGUGACAAGAACAAGGGUUCCGGUGAGAUUAACAGUCAGCUGUAAAACGGCUUGAGCAUUCAGCCGUUAGGCGUAGAAAACUCCAAAUUUUAACCGUUAGCCGUAAAGAAAGUUACCCGUAGAAAUGUUUCCUCACUACAGUGUGUCAUUUUGCGUCAUUUUUUAGUUAACCGUAGCCGUAAAAUGGCUAAAAUGUUACCUGUUAGCAGUAAUAGUCAUCACCUCAUUGGGAUCCUCUUCGUGUGGAUUAAAGCUUCAGACAUUCGGAUUUAGAGUAUCAAAAGCUCUGGGGUUGAUUUCCUCUUGGGGUGCUCUCAGAUUUCAAUUUGUUACACGAUCAUCAUGACAAGAUAAUUAACAUCUUUCUUUGUUUCCUGAAAGAGUUCAAAAUUUAUCUUCUCUCAUUCUAUUUAUCUUUUUUGGCAGAUAAUAUUCUUUCAGUUCGAGCGGGAAGCCAUUAAGGGAAGGGAAGGGACGGGAAGCCAUUAGUUUUAGUUAGAAUUUCCCUGUUUCUUGUUAAGGCGACUGAAACAACCUUUUCUUUUCCACCAUAGGAUCAACCUGUAACAGUUCGCUUGGCAUGCAAACUUUCUGGAUUCAGGAAGCUGCCAUAACCGCCUCGUCAAUUCGCGACAGUGCCCAUGAUCCCGCACAAGCACGUCUCCAUGGUAACGGAGCGUGGAUGCCGCUUAUUCAAAACGCCAAUCAAUUUCUGCAGAUUGAUUUCGAAAACGAAGCUAACGUGUCAGCGGUCGCUAUCCAGGGUCAUCCUACAAAUGACUUCUGGGUAUCAAAGUAUUCGUUAUCAUUUAGCAAGGAUGGCAAACUCUGGGAUAAUAUAUCAGAGGUACUUUUUAUGCGAAGUACUGAAUACGGCUGUCUAUCUGUGGUUCUCAAUUUUUCGUUGUUUUUUGUCUUUGUAGUUGUUUUUUGGUUAUUAGAAAGGGGCGAUUUUGUUAGGGAUUGGAAUAGGUACUGAUCGCCCUACCAUGUCAAUCUGCUUAGUUUUAGCAGAAAUGGGACAAAAAAUCGGGUUACAUCUGGCCCCGGUUGUUCAAAGGUUGUAGAAGCCCUGUGGACAGCCCAGUGCGCUUUGUGAACAUGAUCACUUAUCCGCCGGAUGUCGAUUUAACCGUUGGAUAGUAUUAUCCGAGCUUUGGACAACUGGGUCUGGGCCCUGGUUUGAUCUCUUGGAGUGACGUAUACCAAUUUUUCUUUUGGUAUCCCUGUAUAAUCGAGAAAAGCAGAGUACCCCUAGCAUUUGUCAUGACACAAAUAACAUUGGUAACUCUUAAAUAUACAGUAACUAUUCACAAAAAAAAUGUUCAUAUACUAUUCAGGUCUUUGAUGGUAGUGAAAGCAGACAUGAGGUCAAAACCACCCGACUAGAAGAGCUUAAAAUGGCGCGUUUUUUACGCAUUAAGCCCACGGAAUGGAAUGAUGCUAUCGCUCUUCGAACAGAAAUUUAUGGCUGCAUGGGAGGUGAGCAGUGAUUUAAUAUAACUGAGUUGAAGAGAAGAAUGUCUUUUUCAGAAGCAGACGUUAAAAUUCGGCGAUAAUUUCUGCUUCUGCUUUGAUUUAAGCAAAUUUUCCUUACAACAACAAUACAAUAUCAGGAUGACAAGUGAUGAGAAGAUAGAAUCAUAUCAAUUGGGGGAUCAUAAGUAAAUAUCAAAUUCUCUGAACUUUCAUCAUAAGGAAUGUAUCACAGAGAGUAAGGAGAAUUGCUAAUGAGAUCUUGGGAGUGGAGGAGCUAAUCACCGGAUAUGAGAGUUCCUAGCAGGUACUAAAAUAACUUAGUUAGUGGCAAUAGUGCUCUAGCAAGGCAGUAGUCACCAGUACAGGUUCAAGGAAACAUUAGGCAUUAGAAAAAAACCCUGCCAGAUCAAUCCUAUGGGAAAAUUUAUUUGUAUUUGUAUAUCAAUGCUUCGUUGAAAAUUUGACGGUGCGUCGUCAUACAAAAACACGAUUUUAUCUAUCUCUGCAGGUUUUCUCUCUGUUGUAACUCAGUGACAACUUCUUUCUUUGCAUAGAUUUUCCAAAAUGUGGAAGUCGCCGACAAGACGAAAUUCAUCAUUCUCGCCAAAAGCGAGUUGUCGGCGGCAACAUCGCUAAGCCAAACUCGUGGCCGUGGCAAGUUGAAUUACUAGAGAAUGGGACUAAGCACUGGUGCGGGGGCUCCAUCAUUCACCCUCAGUGGAUCAUUACAGCCGCUCACUGUGUGGAUGAAAUUUACUCAUCGGCACCAAAGGAAAUACGUAUUGGAGAGCACAACAGCAAGGUUCUCGAGGGCUACGAGGAGAUUAUCGAAGGAGACAGGUUCUACAUACAUCCGGGAUUUAAACACGACCGCCCGACGAUGGUCAGCGCUGGAGACUACGACUUCGCUCUUUACCGUCUGAAGAGACCAGUCACGUUCUACAGUCGAGUCGGUCCGGUGUGUCUGCCCAAAGAAGACUCGACUAUAAGCGACGAGGUUGGUCGAAUGUGCUUCGUGACAGGUUGGGGUCACACCCAAGAAAAUGGAAAUUUUUCCGAUAUUCUUCGAGAGAACGAAGUGCCGUUAGUUUCUUUUGAGGAAUGCAACAAAGAGGACUCUUAUAACGGCUACAUUAAGGAGCGUUACAUGUGCGCAGGAUAUCCUGAAGGUGAAAAAGACGCUUGUCAAGGAGAUAGUGGAGGGCCCCUAGUGUGUCAAGAUGGGACAGGAAAGUGGGUUCUGGCUGGUGUGGUGACUUGGGGUGUCGGAUGUGCGAGACCGCAAAAAUAUGGGGUUUACGCUGAUGUCCGCAGAUUUCUUCCCUUUAUUGAAAGCACUAUAUAUGGUAUGCACUAAAUUAGAUGGUAAUAAAAUACACUCUCGAUUGUAAAAACGACGGCUAAAAGGCGUUAUCAAUGAACGAUGAGACCCGGUGGCUUUACAUACAUACAUACAUACAUACAUACAUACAUACAUACAUACAUACAUACAUACUUUAUUUAAUUCUCCCCAAGGGGCUUUUCAGAAUUAAUUUACAAUGUGUAUAUAUAAUAUGAAAGACUUAUGAUAUAAAAUAAUAACUUACUUGUACUUGAUAAAGAAAUAACUUAAAAUUACUACUACUAAAUUAACAAUCAUAACAACUAAGCUAUAUUUUGAGAUACCAGUAUCCUAUUUCUUCCCUAAUUCAGCCUUUUCCUGCUUUAUAAAUGAUCGUAGUUAUCGAGCAGUUCUAGUUUUGUUGCUGAGAUUAUUCCACACUUUUGCUUCCCUAUAAAAGAAACUACGCUGGGCAGCCGCUGUCCGGCAUUUUGGCAAGUUUAGAUCUUCACUGUUGCGGAGAUUGUAAACGUGCGAAGUUGAUCGCUUCCCUAUUUUACAGCUUUUUUUGCGGCUUUCUGGGUACACAUGUCCAUGACAACUACAAUUAGCUGCUAAAAGCCACCCAGCUUUCCUGACAGAAAGGAAUUGUCGUAAACAAACUUUUUCCAUAAAUAAUGGAAAUAGUAAAGUACUGAUUAUGUAACUGUGCAAAAAUUUCCUAUAAAGCCAUUGGGUCUCAUCGUUGAUGGAUCAUACCUUUUAGGUGUCAACGUGUCCGCAAUCGAGUGUUUACAUUAAUAACAACACUUGGUGGACAUCAGAAAAACUAAAAGUGUAUUUUUGUAAAACUGUGGGAUGUGAGUUUAAUAACUCUUCCGAUCUUGUCAACGAAUAUGAACAGUACAUAUCCAAUCUUAGCCGCUUCACUCGGAACACUAUUUUAUCGUAUCUGUUUAUUCCAGUUUCCUCAACAAGACAUCACCCGCUACUCGAUAUCUUUUCAUGUCCUUGACGGCCAAGUAUUAUGAAUUAUCGUGGGAAUAAAUUGAAAUACGGUCCUCUUACAUGAUACACAUACUUAUCCAACUCUUGCAAUUCUCGUUCCAGGUUACCCACAAUGCGGUAUUCGGCCGUUUCCUUCCUUAAUGUCUCGCAUCGUUGGUGGACACGAAGCUCGCCCCAAUUCCUGGCCGUGGCAGGUCGAUUUUCUGGUCAAUGGUACUUCUCACUACUGUGGAGGCUCUCUAAUCGAUCCUUUAUGGGUUGUGACCUCAGCUCACUGUUUCUAUGUGUACACUAAACCAGACCAAUGGCAGGUCAGGGUUGGCGAACACAACGAAACUAAAUUCGAAGGAUACGAGGAAAUGAUUGAUAUUGAAAACAUAGUAGUCCAUCCCGGAUUCAUUAUUGGCGAUGCAAAACAUCCUGGCGAUUACGAUAUUGCGAUCGUCAAACUCAAGCGACCGGCGGUUUUCCAUAAGCUGGUACAUGCCAUUUGUCUUCCCGACAUGGACAUUAGUUUACCAACUGGUAAAUCCUGUUUUGCCACGGGAUGGGGAAAGCAGGACGAGAAUGCAGCUGAGUAUUCAGAUGUUCUUCGAGAAGUAGAGGUGAACCUCGUAUCUAAAGAAGUCUGUAACAGCAAUAUCUCUUAUGAUGGGAUCAUACACGAGCGUUAUUUUUGCGCAGGUGUUGAAGCUGGUGGUAAAGACUCGUGCGUGGGUGACAGUGGAGGGCCACUGGCUUGUCCAAAGGACGAUGGAAGUUUUAUUUUAACCGGGAUCGUUUCGUGGGGAGAAGGUUGCGCUAGAGCUGAUAAAUAUGGCGUGUAUUUAGAUGUACGCUAUAUGUUGCCAUUCAUUGAAAGUACUCUACACGGUAAGUAAGUAAGUAAGAUCCUUUAUUUCAACACGAUGAGAAUGAAGGCAUUACAUGCUUGAGGGGUCGUGUGAUAGAGUACAAGUGCAUAUAGUGUUGGUUAAAACAAUUAAUGUAAAAUAUUCUAAGAAAAAAGAAAACGUCGGUUUGAUGGCUAAUUUGAAUGUGGUCGCUAUAAGUUCCAGGAUACUCUUCUUGAAAUUGUAAUUGUGGUUUUGUUGAUGACGAUGAUGAGAAGGACGAAAAAAGCAUGUUAAACGUUUUACACAUGGUUAGGUCAAAGACUUGGCAUUUGAUUCCUCCAUACACAAAUGUAAAGAAGGUCCCAUGUUUUCAUGUACGUUCUAAUCUUCUCCGUCUGGUUACUCCACCAUUUCCUAGGAUAUCCCUCUUGUGGUGUUCGUCCUGUUCCUUCCUCUUCCUCCCGAAUCGUAGGAGGCCUAGAAGCGCGCCCCAACACCUGGCCGUGGCAAGUUGAUCUUCUCGUAAAUGGUACUUCUCACUAUUGUGGCGGCUCGCUGAUUGAUCCUUCGUGGGUUGUGACCUCAGGCCAUUGCUUUUAUUUUUUUCCACAAGUAGACUGGUGGCAUGUCAGGGUUGGGGAACAUAACGAGACAAAAUUCGAAGGCUACGAGGAAAGGAUCGAAAUUGAACACGUCACGGUACAUCCGGGAUUAAACCUUUCUUACGGACCCGGCGAUUACGACAUCGCCCUCGUCAAGCUCAAGCGACCAGCGGUGUUCCACAGCCGAGUACAUUCAAUAUGUCUGCCUGAUAUGGACACUACCUUUCCAACAGGAAAAUCCUGUUUUGCCACCGGAUGGGGAAGGCAAGAAGAAAAUGCAACUGAGUAUUCAGAUGUUCUUCGAGAAGUGGAGGUGAACCUCGUAUCUAAAGAAGUCUGUAACAGCAAUAUUUCUUACAAUGGUGCUAUACACGAACGUUAUCUUUGCGCUGGUUUUCAAGGCGGUGGUAAAGACUCGUGUGGUGGUGAUAGCGGAGGACCGCUGGCUUGUCAAAAUGAGGAUGGCCGUUUCGUACUGACGGGCGUUGUAAGCUGGGGUGAAGGCUGCGCCCGACCUAAUAAAUAUGGCGUGUAUUUAGAUGUGCGCUACAUGUUGCCAUUCAUUGAGGGUACCCUAUACGGUAAGUCGUGUAGAAUAAGCCGACAUAGUGCAUUUUUGCCUCGCUCUGUGAUUGGUCGAUGAGAAUACGUGUUACCCGAUGGCAACAAAUCACUGAGUAGCAAAACAAAAACAAAUCGUAGCCUUGUUUGGUUGUCUUUUUCGCCUUUCAGUUAUUUUUCUUUGUUCUGAUUAGCCAUUGGCAUAGCUUUGGUUUAGUGUUAAUGAUAAUUAACUGAUGGAAAAGUAUACACUGAGUGAAAAGAAAAUAGGUACGGCUACACGGCUACCCUAUACGGUGAGUUGUGUAGAUUAACCCAGCAUAGUGCAUUUUUGCUUCGCUCUUUGAUUGGUCGAUAAGAAUACGUGUUACCCGAUGGCAACAAAUCACUGUGUAGCAAAACAAAUCAAAUCGUGGCCUUGUUUGGUUGUCUUUUUCGCCUUUCAGUGAUUUUUCCCUGUCCUGAUCAGCCACUGGUAUAGCUUUGGUUUAGUUUUAACUGAUGGAAAAAGUAUAUACUAAGUGAAAAGAGAAUAAGUAUCUCAACGGCUUUGGUUGCCUUUUGGAUCUGCUAUUGUCCAGCUCUUACUGUGUCUGGCAGGUUGAGUUUGGUCUUAAGGUUGACCUAGUGAGUAAUGUUUUGCUGUUACCCAUUAUUGCCUAGAACUGUCACGUACACUUGCUGAACUUUCCUUUGUACAGAUGUACCCUGUUUUCAAAAAAAAUUCACAUUUGAAAUCUGAAAGAAAACUCGCGAAAUUUUAAGAACAGAACACUGACAUAAGGGCACGGCCAAUUCAAUAAACGCACUGAAAAGACUGUUAACUUCUUUAUUUCAGACAGUUAUUUUGAUGGUGGCGAUUCUCCGAUGAAUUUUGAUUAUUUUAUUCAUUCUGUUUAGGUCAUCCAAAAUGUGGCACCCGCUUCCUAUCCUCGGAAAGUUCUCCUGCUCUCAGCCAUAACGAGGCUCGUCCCAACUCCUGGCCGUGGCAGGUUGAGGUGCUAUUCAAAGAUAAGCAUGCGUGUAGCGGCUCUUUGAUCGACCGGCACUGGAUUCUGACUUCGGCAACUUGUGUGAACACAAGCCACAAUACCGAUAACUGGAUGGUCCGGCUCGGUGAACAUAACCGGACAGUUAUCGAGGGAUACGAAGAAAGUAUUAAAGUCAAAGAAAUUUACACCAGUGCAAAACAUCAUGUCACACUGCUGAAAAUGAAGCGAGAAGCUGUCCUUCACAAGCGAGUUCUUCCUAUCUGUCUUCCGGAAGACGAUGCAAACGUUAGCGUAAAUUCUUCGUGUUACGUGACCAGUUGGCAUUCUGCCAACAAGGACGGGAAUUUCACGGAUGUGUUAAACGAAGCUCAAGUUGAAAUAGCCCCAUUUCAAGACUGUAAUGCAUCAUACAGUGGAAAACUCUCCGAGUAUGAAAAAUGUGCAAACUUCACCCGAGGGAAAAGGCGAGGUUGUAAUGUCGAGAGAGGUGCGCUUCUAGUUUGUCCAGGGAUCGAUGGACGAUUUGUAUUAACAGGCGUAGCUUCUGCCGAAGACGGCUGUUCGAAUGCAGGACAAUAUGAUGUCUUCAUCGAUGUCAAAAUGAUGCUAUCGUUUAUUAAUAUGACUAUCAGUGCGAACUAG